AUGGCACUACUACACAGUGAUCCACUCCUGGCCAUCGAGCAAGCGAUGGCCAUGCCCAACAUCGACAUCUUCGAUGUUCCCGAAGAGGGUAUGGGCCGGAAGUGCAAACGGAGGAAGAUGUUAGUGUACUUCCUACACAUGAAGAGCUAUGGUGGUAGCAAGGUUCGUGUCACUAGGCCGACUAGUCGCUUCAAUGACAACAAACGGUGUGGUGGUGUCCAUUGUGAUGCUCGUCAACCUGGUGAGAAGGCCUGCGGUUGCACUGGUACGCCGCGUCGUAAUCACUGGGCAUCGACGUUGUUGUUGGAGGCCGAGGUGGAGGAUGGGAGUCCCUUGGAUGGUAUCCAAUUCGAAAUCACAUCAACGCGCUUAUCCUUGCUAUUUGCUACACAAAGGGCGAGAAUGAUGCCUGUUGCUGAUAUCGACCCCAUCAACUACGCCGACAUCACUGAGCAGCUGGUUGAUUUUAUCAACCGAUCGGGAGGUUGGACCCUUACCAUCUGGAAGAAGUCUUCUGCCUCUGAGGACUCUGCCCCCCGCCCCCCCAAGUAUCACCUCGUCAAACUCAUACCAACAGGCCUGACCGACCAGCAGCAACAGGAUUGUGAUCGCAUGAAGUAUAACGGCGAGCAGCGGCGACAGAAUCAGGGAGGUGCUGCUCAGCAGGGGCACAAUGACAGACAAGAUAAUGCACCACCACCACCACCACCUCCAGCACUACAACAACAACAGCAACGUGGACGACAACAACAAGAUGGACAACAACAACAUGGACAACAACAACAUGGACAACAACAACAUGGACAACAACAACAUGGACGACAACAACAACAACAACAGCAACAACCCCCAAACCAGCUACCACAAGAAGAAGAACUGCAGCAGCGAUUGAGGCGGCAGCUACAACAACAACAGGAGGAUCAACAAUCACAGCAAUCGGUACACAAUAAUGGUGAUGGUGAUGGCAAUAACGUGAGUGAUCUCGAAGAUUGA